AUGCGAAAUGACGACAAUCUGGCGAACAUCGACGAAGCCGGAUGUGCUUCUGAUUCGGGAAACCAAAACCUUGCUUUCCCCCCCGCCUUCUCCCCCUUCCCCCCAAAAUUCCCCACCCUUCCCCCGAGCGUGGCGGAGUUCCUCAAGGUCGGCCCGCCGAUCUUCUCGGCUCUCGCGCUGUCCUACGGCAUCUGGCUUGCCGCUCGCGCGCAGCCGUUCGGCGGAGAGACCCCGCGGACCAUGACGCGGGAGUGGAUCCAAGCUAGCGACAAGCUGCUUGACGCGUGGCCGCGCGAGGCCGGUUCUCCCGUCGUCAUGAAUCCCAUCUCCAGGCAGAAUGCUAUCAAGAACUGA